AUGACAUGUAAGCUAAAGUUUCUAAGGGAAAAAAGUUUCGAAACUCUGUGGGUGGGCGGGCGCAGCGCCCGAUCGAUCCCUCCAGUUCGCGCUGCUGCUCCUCGUUGCCCAUCAGAGUCUGAAUACCGUGCCCCAGUGGUUAGUGCAAACUGUCUGGUUCCCACCGACGAUUCCGAGACUGUUGUGUUUUACUCCCCACAGUACGAGGAGAACCUUCUCAUGAAGUACCUGGAAAAUGUUUUAACGGAGAGUAGUCGGAGCGGUGUGGUCGAGCGGUCCGGCGGUAGUGAGGUUGCACCAUCUCUGGGGUUAGUGGGUUCGCCUAUGCCAUGCGGGGUUAUCCGUGUGAGAGCCGUACGAUUCUUUCGUUGGCGGUGCAUAGAGCUCCCUUCGUCUUCCGUCCAUGACUAUAACAAGCUCGGUGUUGUUCUUUCGAAUUGCGGUCCUUCGAAGCAUAUCGUCGUAAUUAUUGAUAAUCUUGAUCUUACAUAA